AUGGCAACUGUGCUACCAACACUGCUGAAAGCGCUGCGGCAGGCCUCGACGCCUUCCGAGAUCUCCACUGCCGUCGAUAAGGCUAUUGACCGUCUCAUAUCCACCUCAUCGCUUGUAGAAUCGCAAAAGCUGGUCUCGGGUCUCCGACAACACCGGUUGACUGGAAAUUUGUAUGAAAAACUACAACAAGCUGCUGCUAUCUGUACGGAACCCUUGAGCAAGGCGGAGUACUUGGGGAUGAUGUUACUUCAGGAGAGUGUCGACCUGCUCGAAACACUGCCAGUGUCUACCCAGCGUAGUGAUUUACUUAGGGUAUACAAUGCAAACCAUGGCGUGCUAUCCGGAUACUUGGCAGCGCUAACAGCUGAGAACAUGUCGUGUCUGACCACCAAGCUGGACACCCAGAAAGCUAGACAGACACUUGAGGUCAUAUCGCCUGUCCUGAAAAGUGUCCUAAUGGAUACUUUGCAGACGUCAGACGGACACAAAGCUGCAGUGCUGAACGCCAUGGCUCGCGUUGCUUGGAAAUCGGAGAAUGCCGACCAUGAAAUUGUGCAGCCAUCUGUGGUCCAUAUCCUGGUGCAGGCAUUGGAGCUCAUUCCGUACACGCAGCUGUCACGACCGACCUACGGAAUUCAUGUAACGCUGCUGGUUGACCUGCUGAGUGCUCAAGCAGCUGGUGGUACGAAACCUGUGGCAAUAGCCGCAAGAACGGCGCGCUUCGUGCUACAGUCAACGCAGCUUUUGAUCAGGAGGGACGUCGGUGUAGUGACUCUACUGCAAUCUCUAGAGCAGCUGGCAAGAGCAGUGCCUGAGGCAUUCUGGUGCUCUGGUUUUCUGAUGUCGGCUGCGUACUUUCUUGUGGAGUCGUGUGAAACGUCGCUGGAGCAGCAACUGAUGCUGCGCGUGCUACGGCAGGCACUCACAUAUGGACGCGAGGUAGUUGCUGGCAGCCGCACCGUUUACGUUGAAAUCCUUGUGCUGCCCUUGUCAUCGAUGAUUUCGGUGCAUGGUGCUGCUGUGUCCGAACUGCUUCAAAUGAUGAUGGAGAUCAAGUCGAUGAGCACAUAUACUUGCGAAGACGGGUUUGAAAACGAUGUCCAUCUUACGGAGACAGCGACUCAUGCUCGUUCAGCCAUCCAAAUAGUUGGUGACGAAGAGUCAUGUCAACGUUGGUUGAACUCGUUGUUUGUGUCGAGUGGCGCUGUAUCUACCAGCAACGCGGCGGACAAAUGGAUAGCACUGCUGCUGAUGGCGCUGAUGUCUGAUGAACGAACUGCUUUUCGCGAUAAUGCCACUAGGUGUCUAGAGCGUCAAGUGAACAGUAGUCCAAAGUUCUGGGGUGCCGUCACUACAAAAUCACUGGUGCCAAGUUUAGUGUUUCUAGUUUCUCAGCGACCACCUGGAAAGGCCAAGAAGGCAUCGGCACGUGGCUUUGCAGAGUGGAUGAUGUCGUGUUUGUAUUGUCUAGCAGCGCUUGCAGCUACAACGACCGAUACUAUGCGUGUUGUGCUUCGUCUUAUUGACAGCAUGAAUAACACGGCAAAAAUGAGGCCGAUCGCACUUAGAUGUAUGUUUGAAGUGUGGCGAAAUGAGUCUCGUGUAUUUCCUCGAUUGGAAACGAUGCUACUUGAACCAACUUCUCCAGUCGAUGAUGUCGGUCGCCAUAUUGUAAGGAUGGCUACGAUCAAAGCGUUGUGUGAGAAAGAUCCAGAGCUUGGAGUGCAGUUUAUCGCACCUGUUCAGGCAUUUCUUGAAGAUCAGCUGAAGUCGGUAGUUUCAAUGGCUAUGGACGCCAUUGCUGCGUUGUGCGGCGGAGACUGUUUGGACUUCUACGUCGCGUUCAAGAUCAUUGCCCAGAAGAUACGCAAGAAAAAAGUGACCUGCGCAGAGGAACCACUUUUCCAGGAGCGCUUGUGUCACUUUUACACACUUGGUGGUGCUGACAGCACUACAAAUAGAAAAGACGCCAUGAAGCUACUCAACCAGACUUGGAAGUUCACACUCAGUGAAUAUGCUAGCGUUCGAAAGUUCGCUUAUCGUGCGCUAUGUCGCUAUCCUCUGAACUUAUCAGGACUUUGCGUGAUUAUUGAUGAAAGUGCGGGAUACGAUGGAGAUGAAGUGUCGAAGGAAGAAGUUGUCGAGCGAUUAGAUGACUUAUUGGUACAUCUUCAAACCGAGAAUGACCCAGAUGUCCGCGUUGAGGUCGAGAAACUGGCUGCAGAAGUGAUAAGACACGAAAGCACACAGCUUGCUGCAAUCGCUGGACGUGGACAGCGUAUAGUGUCUGCAGUGUCGGGGGGGCAUCGUCAACAGCAAUCAGCCCAACGAUUGAAGUCGUUUGCAACUGUUUCCGGUGCGGCUACCAAAGAGUUGAAAGCGCUGCUUCCGACACGAGUGGAGGUAGAAAGCAUGUUUGCUGCGAACUCUACUACCACUGACUGGAGUGGUUAUUUGUUGGCUUUUCAGCCCAAGGCGUUGAUCGACACAAAGAAUGUCUCUCGCAAAGACAAGCUUGUGCGCCUUGCAACGCAAAAUGUGAUCGAGUUGGAACAAACGGUCAAGCUUGUGCUUCAGAAUAUGGAACUUCCUUGGGUCUCGGUAAGCAUGUUGCCAGAUUGUGAUAGUAGGUACAAGGUGUUCUUACUGAUUCAAGCCUUGAUGGAAGGAUGGCGAGGGUUUAUGGUGACGUUCAUAUGCUCCCUUGACGAGUUGGCAAAGCUCAAGACUCCUACAAGUGUAGAUGACGCCGAUGUUGCGUUCCGUGUGUUCUCAGAAGGCAUCACUAGCUUAUUUGACUUGCUUCUAAAAUGUACUUCUAACAAGGAAGGAGGCGCAGUUGCAGCUGGUGCGUUGGCAGGAGAAUUAUGUGGGUCAAGGCAUUGGCAAAAUCCUCAGUUGCGGCUAAUGCACGAAACAACAGUCAAGGAGUUGUCGCAUCGACUGGCGUUGUCGAUCGAGCAGACUCGUGUACUCUCAACUGAUACGAGUGAUACUAGCUUUUCGUGUAUUGGCGCUUCUAUUGCUGUGCAGCUCUCACUUGACCAUCGAAGUAUCGAUGCAGUGGAUAGCUGCAGCAACUAUUGCAUCCAGCUGGACAAGAUCGAAAGGAUGUUUACCAGGCUUUAUCAAACGAAGUCGGAUGACCUGUUGGGUUGCUGUGCUCUACUGGGCCUAAGCCGCAUUGCUACGCUUUAUACAAGUGGCGAUAAAACUGAGGCGUUUGAGGUGACGCAGUGGAGACAUGAACAGGUCAAGCCAAUUGCUGAACUUAUUUUCGACUCGUUUCUUAAUUCUGAUGAUGCCAAGCGGCCGAACAAAUCUUCAACGGGCCAUGGCGACUCAGUUUUUCCUCUGUACGGAAUGACAGAAGCACGCAUUCCUCUUGAUAUAAUUGCAUCUGGCUUCAAGCAGCCUUCGUCAUCCAGUAGCAUUUUAUUGCGAUGGGCAUCAUUGAUGGGCUUAGCGCGGCUAUCCGAUGGCUUCUUGAGAAUUAAACGUGUAGACUGGCUGACGAAUCUGCAAAGAGUUCUUUUAGCAGUAUGGGAAGAAAGAGAGUCAGCAAAUACAGUAGCUGUGGCAUUGGGGCCCGUGCUGCUGCAGAGCGUGCGUUUUAACUUGCUACCCUCAUCAAGCUUGGAAACGUUCGUGGCAACUUGCAACCGGCGAGCUGCUGAAGCCAGUGUGGGCAACGCCGACUGCGGCUUUCUGAUGAUGGCAGUAGCCAGCGUGCUGUGUCAAAUACAUAAUUAUGGAGGCUCUUCUGACAAGACUCAAAACCAAAUCGAGUCAGCCGUCAAGCAUAUCGAAAAUGCUCUUGCGCAUGACGGUGAGCCUGGUCGUGUAGGGCACACGAUGAUGCUAUCUGGUAUCGCCAACUUCUUCCACCUCACUUUUGGUAUAUCCAGGUCAUCCGUCGCGUCAACUUUGAAUGUCGGUGCCAACGUGGAGCUGACACUUGAUUUUGACGCAACUAAGACGUUAGUGCAGCUUGUUCGACAAUCUACGAGGACUGAAGGGCACUGCACUUUUGCAAAAACAAUGCUUGGUGCGAUUGCUCGUGCAGCUGAUAGUUUUUAUGUCUCCCCGAAAAAGAAAUCGUUUGACGUAGAGAUUCGCACUCUUCCGUCAAGCUGUUUGCUGGUAAGAACGCUCAAGUGGCUGCAGCGAGUGAAUCAUUCGGAAAAUGACUUCUCCUUCCGUGACGGUCCAACAACCGAGCUAAUCUCACAAACUCGCCAAGCGGUAUCGUUAAUUUGCUGUCUAACUUCAGUAGGAGCUGUACUUCCGCCGUUCGGCUACGGUAUGUUCUUGCACCGGAUAAUGCUGCGGCUGUGCUCUGUCGAUACAAGCGUAGCCUGUGUUCGAUUUGCAGCUACUCAAAGUAGCUGUGAUGAACUCUUGGCUAGUGAGCUGCUAUCCGGUGACUGGUUUGGAAAUGCCAGCGCGGCCCUUCAGGCUGAACUGAUGGCUUGGCUUUCGACAGCAGCUGCCCGUGUUCCAACUGAUGUGCUGAAGACAUUGUUGGUCACUACGUUUGACAUCCUCAAGGAAAUUUGGCGUCGUGAUACAUCAAGUAGCCGCAGCGCUCUUCUCUUUGACAGCUGGACCUCUAUGCUACGCAAUGCACUAGACUCUAGUGCUCACCGUAUUUCUGACGAUUCCCUGGCGGUUGUGAACAACUUUGUACUCGAAAAGGUGGUCGUGGAGCUUCCUUUUGACGUGCAUGCCUCUCGUCAGGUGGAGCAAUUUGCAACCCGUGUACUUUCGAAGUUGGACUACGGCGAGCGUAGCGUAGUUGAUGCCAUCCUGAAGCUAGACGUAAUGAAUAUGUCGACGUGGAGUUGGUGGAGGAGCGGCGUUUUUGUCACCGAGCUUGCAAAGCUCGAUGUUUUUGCCCUCACCAAGCUGGAGGCAUCCCUGAUUUUCCAAUGGAUUCUCCGUCAUGACUUUGUUGAAUGGACUGAUGAGUAUUACAUCGAUACAUACUUGUUGCCGCUCACCGCUCGGAUUGGCGCUCUUGUUGCUCAGCACACGAGACCUGACGAUAACGUGUCUUCGCUUCUGGACGUGAUUGACACCUUUAGCCGAAUUUCGUCCUCACUCGAUGUUUCGAAUCGAUCACACAUCUCCAAACGUCGAGCACUGUUUGCUUUUUUGGCGUGUGUUUUGUCCUGGAAUUCGGCGUUGAGCCAUGAGAAGUACCUACUCGAAACCUCACGAACUGACAUUGUCAGCACGAGUUCAGCGGUUGCUUUACUACCUUUCGGGCUCGCAGCGUGCGCCUGCAGCGCGAAAAAGAUCUCGACUAUCGGUGAGAGAUUACUUACGUUAUUGCGUCAGCUGGCUCGCACAGAUACGAUUGAAGUAGCGGAAUAUACCGGUGUGUUGCUUAUUUGUAGCCGGCAGAUGUAUGUGGCAGCGGACAGAUGGCACAUCCCGUGCACGAUGUCUAGUGAGAUCAAAGAAUUAUGGAGUCUCAGUGAUACAAGCUGA